AUGGACCAAGAACAAGCUGUAGGCAAGUCUCCAGUAAAAAAAAAUCCAUCAGGAAAACGAGUAGAUUCUGGCAAGAGACAAAUUAUAAUCAAUGCGUACAAGUCAAAAAUGAAUUCCGAUCCAACAAAGUCUUUAAGAAUUAUCCGGCAAGAACUUUCUAAAGAAUUGGGCAUUGGAGCAACGACAAUUUCGACCACAAUUACAGAAUACAACAACACUAAAAAAGUAAUAUCUCCUUGCAAAAAACGUGUUAAGACAUCCUUCCGCGAUACAUUUGAAGAGUUUGAGAGAAAUGUGGUUCGUAGGCAUAUCCAUAGUUUCUGGUUCAAACGUGAAAUUCCUACGGUCGACAAAAUAUUUCAAGCAGUUUCCGAUGACGACUCUUUACCUAUUAUUUCGAGGACAAAUCAUUUUAGGCUUUUGAAAGAAAUGGAUUUUAAGUAUAGCAAACGUAGUCGAAACAGUGCACUGACUGAAAAAACCGAAAUUGUGUGUUGGCGUAGACGGUUUCUUGAACAAUUGCGUGAAUACCGAAAUGAGGGUCGACAUUUAUAUUACCUGGACGAGACCUGGGUUAAUGCUGGUGAAUGUACCAGCAAAACAUGGAUCGAUACUACAGUUAAAUCACCCCGAGACGCAUUCCUACAAGGCCUGUCAACUGGUGCCGUAAAUCCUUCAGGAAAAGGUAAACGCCUUAUUGUCCUGAAUAUCGGUUCGGAAGAUGACUUUGUCCCCGGCGCAUUGUUGUGCUUCGAAUCGAAAAAGAACACUAGAGAUUACCAUGACGAAAUUAAUGGGGAGACAUUUUACGAAUGGAUGGAGGGUGUACUGCCUCGUUUAAAAGAUAACUGUGUGAUAAUCAUGGACAAUGCGUCAUAUCAUUCUGUGAAGCUAGAUAAAGCACCUACGUCGCAAACCAGGAAAGGUGAUAUUAUGAAAUGGUUGGAGGAUAAAGGUGAGGUUAUAGACAGACCUAUGUGUAUACCACAACUUUUUGAAAUUGUGAAAAGGAUCAAGCCACAGCACCAGAAAUACGUAAUUGACGAAUUGGCAAAAAAAAAUAACCGUAAUAUACUAAGACUACCUCCAUACCACUGUGAGCUCAAUCCAAUAGAGUUGGCUUGGUCAUCCGUUAAAAAUUACGUACGGAUGAACAAUAAGACCUAUAAAUUACACGAUGUAAAAAAUUUAUUAAUUGAGGGCGUCGAACGCGUGGAUGCAGGCAUGUGGAAGAAUUUUAUUAGUCACACGAAGAAAGAAGAGGAUAAAUUUUGGGAAAUCGACUUCGUCAUAGAUGACGUAUUGUCUGCAGAGUUGGAGUCAGUAACUUUGACAAUCGGAGAUACAUCAUCAGACGACUCCCUCGACACUGAAUCUGACUAA